UCACCCUUCAUAUUUUGUUGUUCAGAUUUUCAGUUUAAAAACUGCUGAAACCUUGAAGCCUAACUUCCCUACAAUGCAUCAUCAAGCCAGAUUAUGCAACCUUCAUAUAUAACCAUGCCCAAACAUCUAUUUUUGUUUAUUGCUGUCUAUACAGAGAUUAUCUUCUUAGCUCUGUAAUGCAUAGGUAUGCACCUUUAGAUUUGCUGACACCCAAAGUCCUGUGGAUAAAAGCAUCCAGGGGAGUAUUAAGCUUUUGUCCUGCAAAGCUACCAGACUAUCCACAGACUGUCUAAGGGAAACCUUCCAGCGCAUCUGCUACCAUCCACAAUGGCUCAGAAAACAGUGCUCAUCACAGGUUGCUCCUCAGGAAUUGGGCUGGCGUUGGCUGUAAAAAUGGCCACUGAUGAACAGAAAAGAUUCAAAGUUUAUGCUACAAUGCGGGAUCUGGCCAAACAGGAUAAACUGAUAGAAGCUGCAGGCAAUACUGUUGGAAACACCUUAGAGAUUAAACAGCUGGAUGUGUGCAGUGAUGAAUCUAUUAAAAUGUGUGUCAGUAGCAUCCCAGGAAGGCGGAUUGAUGUCCUAGGCAACAAUGCCGGCAUGGGACUCAUUGGACCUAUUGAAUGCCAGACCAUCAAAGAGAUGCAAAACGUGAUGGAUACAAACUUCUUUGGGUUGGUCCGACUGCUGAAGGAGAUUUUACCCGACAUGAAGAAGAGAAAAAGCGGCCAUAUCGUGAUUAUUAGCAGUGUCAUGGGAGUACAAGGGAUUUUGUUCAAUGAUGUUUAUGCUGCAUCUAAAUUUGCGGUGGAAGGAUUCUGUGAAAGUUUAGCCAUACAAGCACUCAAGUUUAAACUUAAUCUAAGUUUAAUAGAACCAGGGCCCGUGGUUACAGAGUUUGAAAGAAAAGUGUUUGAAGAUGGGAUGAACAUGGAUCUUUCAGCUGCAGAUAAAGAAACAGCAGACAUGUUUGUAAAUAUUUACCUGAAAAAUUACAAGCAAAUUUUCCAAUCCCUGGGACAAACAGCUGAAGACAUAGCAGAGCAUACAGUGAAGAUAAUUCUGGCCGAAAACCCUCCUUUUCGCCACCAGACCAACACAUUAUACACUCCAAUUACAACACUGAAAUAUGCUGAUCCAAAUGGAGACCUGCCUAUUGAUACCUUCUACAAAAUGGUUUUUCAGCAUGAUAAGGUUUUCAGUGCGAGUCUUAACUUCAUUAAAAUGCUGCGUUGGAAAAGCAGAAAAAGUUUUGACUUGGGAGGAGGAAGAUCCUCCCAAUGAGCAAAUGGAUGAUUUCAGCUGCCAUGUGGGCUAUUUCACACACUUCCAUGUUUCCUUAUGUGUAAGUGCUUGUGUGGGAUGGGAGACAUCUGAAAUAGCCCUGACUGAAGCUACAGUCCUAUACACAAUCCUUACUUGGGGGCAAGUCCAACUGAAGUUGGUGGGGCUUACUUCUUUUUUAAAAUAAUAUUUAUUAAGUUUUCCAAUUUAACAAUCCAAUAAAAGCUACAUUAAAAACAUUCCAAAUUAUAAAAUAAUCAAACAGUCCAAAUAUUAUGUCAAAUUGUAAAUCUUUGUUUGACUUCCCAUGCUCUGAGGUCAGGUGGUGGCGAUCGUCUCACAUUUGUUCUGCUUCUAAGUUAGUCCAGGUGAUUCCCACAAAUCAAUCCGAUGUUAAUCCUUCGUUCAUUUCCCACAGCCUCUGAGUUCAUCUAGCAAGCAAGUUAAAUCAAACAAUAUGUUCCUGUGUGGGUGUUUAUCUUCUUCCACGUCUUUCGCUUUCGUUUCUUCAUGACUGAAAUUAUAAGCUACAUGUCCCAAAAUGGAGGAAAUCUGGCUUUCUGCCAAUUUUACCAGGCGUAUGUCCAAAUCUCUUCGUUUUAAGUCUGUCCAUAUACUAUUCUGACCACCUCGAUAUUUUUCCAACACAUACUUUCAUUUACCUGCAAAAUUGGGUAGGCGUAAUGUGAAAUCUAUUGAAAGAUCAAAUAGCGCUUUUGUGUAAAUUAUCUGCUUAAGGGCAACAUAUACCACUUUAGGCUAUCAAUGGGUGUGUACAUGUUGCACUUUUAAUGUUUCCCCAUGUGGGGGGAAUCGUUUACAUGGAAAAGUAGCAUGACAGGGAAAAGGGUUUAUCAUGCCUCACAGUCUCCCUAACAGACUCUGUUUGUAUGUGAAAUGGUUUCUGUUUUUAAUUAGACAAGUAUUCAAACAUGCAAUUCUUCUCACCAGCAGCCUCAAAGCUUUACACUUUAUGCAUAAGAAGAGCCCAGCUGGAUCAGACUAAGUUCCAACAUGCUGUUCCAGAGCUGUCAGGGCAGCUUAUCCAGAGGAAGGAUGAAGCUACAAAAAAGACACAUAGUAUCUUUAAAUGAAGCCUUUUGGAUCCUAACAUAUAUUUUACCUGCUUACUGCAUAUAACCCUCUCAUGCACAGCAAACUAUGCUGCUCUAUGUCUCAUAUGCUUUACUCCAACCGAUUUUCAGUUUCUUUGUUCAAGCUUCUCUCCUACUCUAUCUUAAAUAUACCCAUAGCUGUCAACUUUCCCCUUUUCUUGCGAGGGAUCCUAUGCGGAAUAAGGGAAUCUCCCUUAAAAAAGGGGAAAAGUUGACAGCUAUGAAUAUACCUCCCACACAACAUACCAUAUACUCAUAUCUUUGUGAGGAUUUCUAGAUGCUGCCUCUACAGAAAGUACAACUGUUUGCUGGUGGCACUUACAAUAAAGGUCAAUUCACAUAACAAACUUCUUAGGAUCCUGGGUACAUACCAAUUCCAAAAUAGCUAACUGUAUAUAAUUUACUGUGUGUUCAGAAAAUGGGUAGAAGACAAAUUGCUUCAGCAGAGAUUGCAAGAAAUGUUGUAGUGGUUUGUAACCUAAUCCAGCUGUAUUCACACAUUUUAAAAGCAUUUACAUGUUAUUUGUGGGUUCAGAAUGUAGUUAGAAAUGUACAUUCAGCUGAAAGAGAUGUAGUGCACUCUUGAAUGUCUUGGUUUCACCUGUGGUUCUUGAUGCAGUGUUUUUUCAUAUGGCUUUCCUUAAACUAGAUUUAGAAUAAUCUUAUCCACCAAGUUAGUAAAAGUCAAAUGUAACCAUUCUUGUACUGAAGACAUUUUAUGCUUUUCAAAUAUUUCUAAUUGUUAAUAGGUAUUAGAUUAUUAAUCCUGAAUAAAUCAGCAUUCAGAAGGAAAAGCAGCUGAUGAGCUGGCAAUGUAUGUACCAAACAAGUACACUGUGUUGCACAGUGCAGUGUAUGGGCUUAUCAUUCAAGGAAGAGAACUGUUUGC